AUGACCACGUAUGAGAAGCGUGUGCUAUUCUAUCUUUACAGAGCAAUCAUACUAUCAGAUGGAAUCCAGAUGAUAAUAGGAGUGGUUGAAAGCCUGUACCUUACCUACCUAGGUACUUACCUAGGUAAGCUUUUCGAUGAUAAAGAGAGGAGGGUACAGAUAUGUCUGUCUACCUAUAGGCUUGUCAGAAAUGUAGAGAUCGGCGACAUUCUUUGUGCUGUGGCCAACUCUUAUCAAUCAGCUGCCUUGGCUCGAGGCAUGCGCGAUACGAGGAAGGACUGUCAACUAUUUUCCAACUCAUACGGCUUAAUAUCGUCUUUACUUAAGUCUUAUGAUUCUAUGCUGCUUACUUCAGCAAAAUUGACUACUUACACUACACUUAGAUGUCUCCCUCAUCUAGGUACUUAUAAGACCCUCUUGGUGAAUACAUCUUAUCGUUGCCCAGAUUUGCAUGAGAUAUUUCGUGUAGGCCAGCCCUAG